AUUUCCUAAUCAUGGUGUUGGGUAGUCCUAAAGUUGGGCUGUUUUUUCAUUCCUUUCUUGAAAUUUUAUGGAGCGUAGUAACCAAUAAAAAAUCGUGGCCAGAUGGCUUCAACAAAGGUUUGUUGAAGUCAAUUUGGCUAUGAUUUUUUGUUACGUCAGCUGUAUCAAAUUUUUAAAAAAAGUGAUGAACGAGUCGCCCCAAUAUGCACUUUUUAACGAAUGUCAAAGAAAUCACAAGUAGUCACAAUUCCAAAAAAUUACUUUUCAGAAAGUGAAAAAAAUCUCAUUUUUUUGUACAAUUAAGUUUAAAAUUGAAAAAAAAAAUGAAAAUUCAAAAAAAUUAGAUAGGUAUUAAGUAGGGGUAAUGGCCCAGUUUUUUUUUACUCUCUCUAGCCCCCCCCCCAGAAUUUUAUGAAAAAUAAGUCAUCAAAGUCAUGAAUCGAUUUGAAAACCACAUUAACAUGUUUUGUGCUUCUUUUGGAACACAAUACCCUUGAAAAGCUGCAUUUUCCAUUCAAUUUUCAUGGUUCAGGAGACUUUGAAAAAUGUGAUGUGAAUUUAGUUGAUUUUCUUAACAAAAUUUUUAAAAAGUGUGUUUUGAUUUUAAGGAUUGGACGCGCUAAUGCCCAUCAAAAUUAGUUCGUGAGUACAUCGCUGAAUUCUACACACUCUGGUCAAUUAGAUGAGCUAAUUAUUUUCCAUCAAAGUUGUUUGCUAAAAAUUUUUAGGUGCUAACUUUUUGAAAUUUUUUAUUACAGGAAUCUACGAAAUAUCUGCUGAAAGUUCUCAAUGUUCUGUCAAUUCAUAACAUGUGUACUUGUAGGUAUGAAGAAGAAGAAGGGAGUCGUAGUAGAGGUGUUGAAUGUUCCCAAAAAUUCAAAGCAUAUUAUAUUCUUUAUUCUUAGAUUUUUGGACGAAACUAGAUUUAUUUGUACAAAUUUUUGAAACUGAUACAGAAAGUAUCUCAACAUUCUCAAUCAUCACAAACAUUUUUGAACUGGAUCAAAGAGAAAUCUAUAGAGAACCUGAGAAUACUCCACCAGCUAAAAUUUCAGAGGCUGAAAUUUAUUUUUCAAUUUUUGAGGAAUUUUUGAAAAUUUAAAUCUAUAGAGACCAAACACGGAAAAAAUUCAAAUUUUACCAAAUUGAUCUAGAAAGCUGAAAUUUGAUUUGUAUCCUAUUUUUGACCUUUCGAGAGUGGAUCGGUGAUAGUUCCAAAUCGUUCUGGAGCUUCCAGCGGAUUUUCGGAUUUUCCAUUUUUCAAAAAAGCUUGGGCAAAUAUCUUCUAAAUCUGUUUGUGACGGUUCAAAUCCAAAAUUUUUUCCAGAAAUUAUUUAUGAUAAGAAAUGAAAAAAAUCAAAACCUGCUGGAGAAUCCAGAAUGGUUCAAAUCUAUCGCCAAUCCAAUUUUUUCAAAAAUAGUAACCACUAAAGAAAAUUUUGAAUUUGAAUCGACACAUAAUUUUUUGGAUAAUAUAUGCCUUAACCUUUCGAAUAGGUUACAAAGAUGGUAAAUUUGAAUUUAAUACGUGCUGAAGUUUAUUUUCAUCCCACUUGUAUAGCUUUUUCUCGACAAAAUGGAAAACUCGAAAAUCCGCUGGAGGCUCCAGAACGGUUCGAAACCAUCACCAAUCGAUUCGAAAUGUCAAAAACAAGACAAACCCCCAAUGUAUUGCUGUCUAUGUUAAUUUGAUGAAAAGUUCUAUUUUUCCCAUUUUUAGUCCAAAUUUGAACUAAAAAAAAGUCUAAAAUCGAAAAAUGAAUUUCUCCUUUAAAUUUUAGGGCAUGGUGGUGUAUUUUAGAAUCCUCUAUGGAUUCCUUUUAGUUUGAGUUCAAAAUUUUGAAUGGGGUUGGCAAAGUGGAGAUGCUGAGCCUCAAAAAUUGUUAAAAUUACGAAAAUUUAGGAGCAGUGGGGGGGGGGUUAUUUUCAAAAUUUCAAAAUGGAUUCUGCAAAUUAAAAAAUUCAAGGAAAUUUCAACUUUUGAGGACCUUCCUUUUUCUUUCUACACUUCAAACCAUUUAAACAAAAAAUUCAUUAGAUCGAGCUAAAUAUUCUGUGAUGAGAUUUCGUUUCCCAUUUUACUACUUUGAAGUCACGCUCCUGAAAGUUAGUACGAUUGUGAUGAUGGGUUCAUAAGCUGUCUUAAACCACUGCAAAUAAGGGCUGAAUUUAAAGAUUUUCGAAGUAUCCCAAAAUGCGCCAAUUUUCUUCAUCUUCCAAAAUCCACACUGUUUCAAAAACAUAUCUCACAUUUCAGCUACCUUCUGUAAAAAAUUCUUCACCCCUCUCUCCCUGACCCGAAUCUCCAAGUACUCGACCACAGAUCUCCAAGUGCUAUAAAAAUCAUUCAAAAAUGUAGGCUUUUGCAUUUUCAUUUCAAAAACAAAAUGAAACACCAUCAACUCUCUAUAUCUACAUAGAUGAUACCCAUACAUAAUUAUGUAUAGGUACGCCAUAAAAUAAGCCCUUUCUACCCUUGAGACACCCAUCGACUUGUUAAGAACCAAUACACUUGCACCUAGUAUUCAUUACUAUCGAAAAUUCCAACACUUAUGCCAUCGAAGAGAAGAAAAGACGAAGGUAAUGAUGUCGGUGGUCACUACUACACUAGUACUUGCAUUUUAGUACCAACAUUCUCAACACAGAUGAGCUGAUGUGGUUUGAGAAAAUUUAAAAUUCUAAUCGAGCUCGGCGCAAAAGAAUGUAUUUUAAAUUCCGCGAUGCGAUUAUGUGGGAGGAAAAGAAUCAGCAUAUAGUACAUAUAUACGAAAACAAGGUGACUUAUACAACUACGUCUUGGGUUAGCAAAAGCUGUACAAAAGUCAAUAAAAAAUCAACGCAUUGGAAGAAGAAGAAGAAGACGACGACGAAGAAGAAGGCGAAGACGUACAGGCAAGCAGGGCUAUGUCGAUGGCGCGGACAGGGCAUUUGAAUAAGCGCGCAUCAUUACCAGCUUAUAAAAUUCAAUUGGUCCGGCGAGAGAAAAUGAUUUGGCCAACGUUGUCAAGCUUUCGCAUUUGCUUUACACACAUAAAGAUGGGCAGCCGAGAGCUCGAGCUCGAGCUGUCGUUUGUUUUAUGCGAAAACGUGUAUCGUAGUGUACGACGACGUACUGUAGAUAUAUACGAAAAGGCAUCUAUACAAACGUUCAUCUGACAAACAAUUUCCUGCUCCAAAGAACAACUCGAUAGAUCAAAAUGUGACGAACGAAAAUCUUUCAAGAAUAAAACAAACGUUAUAAAAGCAGAAAGACAUUUUGUCAAAAGGAAUAAUUUGUGUGCUGUUUGUUCGGACGUAUUCGAGGUUAACACUUACAUCCUGGCUACAACAUGCGGUCAUUAUUUUCACUCGGAUUGUAUGGAAGAACACAUGAACGAUUCGAUAAACGAAAAAAGAUGCCCGUUGGAUAAUAUACAAAUUCAUUAUUCGCCUUUAAAACUCAAACCCAUCAAAUGGACAGAAAAAACUGCGAAAAAAGAGCCAGAAAUAAACCUAGGUCCGCUAGAAGUAAGGGUAAGUCGUAUGCACUUGGAAGAGCGCCCAAAAGACUCGACAAAAUGCACCAUCGCCGCAGCUCCAAAUACCCACAAUAAUAAUAGUAAAAAUCCCGCCACAAAAACAUCCAAACAACGGAUCAAACUUACUCAUAAAGAGUGCAAACCGAUCGUUUACGAAGAAUCAAAUCUCGACGAAAGGUUACUCAGCGCAAAAGUAAAUCCACUUAUGACUAUUCUAAUGUCGCCGCAUCUGAAACAAUAUAUCGAACAAGAAGAAAAACGUGAUCGAAUCAACGAUGUGAAUUUCAAAAGGAAAUCGUUAAAUAAAAUAAAAGUAAAAUCUUUGGAAUUUCCGGACGAUAGCAACGCCAGAGGAGUAGGAGGAGGAACGGCCAAGUUACAGAAAAGUCGAUCAACUCCGAGUCCUUCGAAUUGGGUGCAAAAAACAUUAAAAUGUAAAAUUGCUGACGGGCAAACUCGACCAAUUAAACGCUGUGAUUUGUAAAACUGUGUUACCAUUAAAGUCACCGUGGUCUAUAACGAAACUGAACAAAAAAAAAUACAAUUACUCGCGUAAUUACCACAAAUGGUUUGAAUUUAUUGGCCAAAAUGUUGUUGAUUUUUAUUAUUAUUGUAAUAUAGAUUUUGCACUUUGUAA